GUUUCACAUUUUCGCGCCUUUCAAGUUUCAACUCAAGUGUUGAUGGACGACCAUUGGAUAUUUUCUACCAAUUUUGACAUCAACACGAUCUAAACGGGAUAUCGACUAACACGGCCGUUCACUACAAUAAUGUACAACCCAUCAAGGACUCGAUGUACACUGCUGUUUUGUUUAUUCACCGUAGAGUUGCUGUUGCCAAGCUGCACACAACAAUCAGCCAUUGGACACACUAGAGCAGAUGACGCAAUGAAAACUGAUGGUUUGACUAUGGUUUUUACUGAGGUCAUUUCCUCGGGUUCAAAAGGAUCGACGUAUGAGUCUGUACGUAACCAGGCCAAACGCGAAAAGCGAAGCCAAUUUGGCGAAAUUAUGUCACAGAAAAAUUUCUCAGAAUUUUGGAAUUCGAAUGAUACAGCUUCUAUUUCAAGGUGGCUGGAGAUUCUCGGAAUGCUUCCCAAAACUGUACGCCUGGCAUUCCUUACUGUGAUUCUGCCCGAUGAAAUAUCCGUUCCGGAUUUGCUUCAGCUCAACUCAAACACCAUAGCUAUGCUGAAGAAUGAGUUCAGUCGGUUGCUGACGGAUAAACAAGUUUCUGACAUCAUUCUUAGCCUCUUACACAAGAAAGAUUACCGUCAAGCGGCUCAAGUUAUUGAAAGCUUAAACUUUCGCAUUAAUGACGGAAAUCCUGAUUUAUUCUUGAGCUUGUGGAACGAUCAGCGAUUUGGCUUUGACGGCAAACGCUGCAAUAAAGAUGUCCAGUCAUUUCUCCGGCAGGGACUCAGGUUGUUACCAUCGCCAGACAACUGGAAUAAUACGCUGGUGAAAAAAUACGGGUUUAGUUUGAUUUCUGCGUUACCGCCAGACAUUCUGAUCAGAAUCCGCGAUCGAUGUGCUGCAAGAACGGUAUUGGAUUGGUGGUUACCGCAAGACUAUUCCGAGUUUGGCUGCGACUUUCCCCCAGACUCAUCCGAUUCGGUCAUCAGUGUGCAGCGGGUUCAAUUGAAAUUAAUGAUGGAAGUACUCGGGGAAAAUAUAAGCCAGUGGUCGACGGCCAAUAUCAGUUUUUACUUUUCUUUAUUCCGCCGGAUGAGUCCUCGUUUGCUAGCGAUGAUGAACGAACAAAUUCUAAACAAUUCACUUUCAUUUCUUUCUCAGAUAAGAAACUGGAACAACGGACAAGGCUAUGCUCUGGUUGAGAGUUUGUUUACCAACAGUUUCCGGCAGCGCAUCAACGGUGAUCGAUUAUCAAAUAUCACGGAUCGGUUGAUGUAUUUGGGUCCGUACCUCCUACCCGAAUUUUUGGUAAAUAAUAAGAACGAAUCAGCUCCCGCGUUGUUACUCUCAGUUUGGGCAAGCAAAAUUGAAAGUUUGGUCCAUCGGGGGAUGUCACUUCCCAGAAUGACUGCUUCAGCGCUCCUUCAGUAUCGUUUGUCCGGCAUAGCAGAAAAGGACGUAAACAACACUUUCGAAGAACUGCCUCUACAAUUUGACGCCACCUACCUGAAAGUUGCCCCAUGGAAAUUUUGGAAAAUGAAUCUCGCUCCUUCUCAUUCCACAAACAAGGACAUUUUCCAGAUGUUAGACGCCGAUCCCUUGGCGGACAGUCUCUCUAGUGGCCAAAUCAACCGAUUGAGCCAAAUUGCUGCUCGGGUAUUCAGGAAUAGCGACGGCAGCUGGAGCAUGGCCAACACUCCUGCAAUAUAUUGGGGUGGUGCUAAUCUUUCUGAUUACAUGUCACUAUCAGCCAAGGAGAUCCUACCUUUAAUAAAUAAAUUGACGUCGGUAGUAGCUAAUAACUUGAAUGGUGCCCAGUUGGGGGUUAUCUACACAAAGUUGAGAGACGACCAAGCCGAUCUCUCGUCCGCAACAAAUUCUGCCCAGAUUAUUAAAUCAAUGAUUCCCGUUCCGUACUUGAAAAGUCGCUACACUUUGAAUCAAUUACAAGAUCUCGCGGCAGACAUGCCAAUAGAUUCCAUCGUCAGGCUUACAUACGCAGCAACUAAACUAGAUGGGACAUAUAACAUUUCCAUUGCGGAUUUAGUUCGCCAACCUCUUCUUGUUCCACAUCUCAGUCCUGAACAUCUCAACUCCAUUCCAGUAGUGGACACUGCAGAUUUAAUGAAAGCUGUGAGUUUGAGUGCCCAGGGACCGCCGGUACAGAUGAUCAUGAUUUUACAGACACGUCUGAGAAGUUAUACCAGGCACAAGCGACACGAUGUCGCAAACACCGAUGUUAGUCUUCUAGAAAACGUUUGGUUAUCAGAUUACGACAUUUUUCCCGCCACAGUCAUCGCCGACUUCAGCGUCAUAGCAUUAAAAUCCAUAUCUGGGAUGAAAAAAAUUGAGCUGCUUCGGUCGCUCGGUCGUCUAUACUUAAACGAUUACUACACCAUUCCGAGAUACAAGCGGAUCAACAUAUUACAGCAAGGAAUCGCUGCCAUGGUUAAAGAUGGCAAUGGUCGGAAAUUGAACGAAGAAGACAUGGCAAUAAUUGGAAACGCCGUCGUUGAUAUGGAAGAAGCGAGGAUCAAUAACAUGACAACUGGAGCAUUCGAGAUUGCUCUUCCAAUACUUCAAGGAAAUGUCAAGAUCUUCGGUGGGCUGUCAGUACGUCCCUGUACAACAUCAGAUCAAAGAUCGGCAAUACGAAAAUCUCUUAAAACGUUUUACGGUUACCCAAAUGCCUGGAAUCUGGGCACAGUUGCGGUGGCCUGCUGUUCUCUAAAUACGUUGUCAUGGAGAGAAUUAGAGUCAAUUCGCGACGACUUGUUCCUUGAAGGAUGCCGAAGCUGCAAUGCUGAUGCUCCACCACCUUUUCAUCUUCAAAUUCUUAGACAGAAUCUCCAAGCGGCCUGCCAAUUUGAGCUUAGCUCCAUGGAGCUUGAAAAUGAUGUAAGGCAAGGUAAUGAGCUUGUUGCAAAGAAAAGGGCAAUAGCUGCAUUCAAUACGUUUGCUGGAGAUCGAGUGCAAGUAUUUGGAAUUCAGAACCAGCAACUUUUUGUAGGAAAUGAGAGAAGAAGGCUUAGUUGCGAAGCGGUCGUGCCUUCGGGAUCGGCUGCAGGAUUCACGGUUGAUCAACUCAUAUCUCUCUCAAGCGAUGACAUCCAAGAUUGCUUGUAUGAGUUAGGUCACAGUCCGCUAAAUUCAGACCAGGGAACUGCAUUGUGGAACCGAGUACUACAGGUUUACGAGAAUGACGCAAGUCGAAUACCGAAAAAUCAGUUGACUCGGUUGGGCUGGAUUCUACCCAGUGUUGAUAUGGAAUCAUUAGACAAGUACUCGGGCUCUAAGGAUAGUAACCGAGAUCACCAUGACGCGACAUCGCAAUACUCGAAUCCCUUGUUUACGAGCACAGUAGACUUACAGUUGAGAUUUCUCUGUCCUUCCGAUCUGGACCAGGUUAAAGACCUCUGUAAAGAAUGGUUUCCCAUUCAGUACCCGGAAGCCUGGUACAGAGACAUAACUUCUGAUCCAAGGUUCUAUUCAUUAGCUGCUGUGUACCAAUCAAAACUAGUGGGGCUUCUUAUAGCAGAAGUAAAGCAAUCCAAUGCUAUUAAUAAGGAGGAUAAAGGAAUUCUGGAUGGACGAAUGUAUUCAAACUGCACUGUAGGCUAUAUUUUGAGCCUGGGUGUGUGCUCAAGUUUUAGGAGACAGGGUGUUGCAUCUUUAUUACUUGACAGUUUUCUUACUCAUGUGACUCAAAGUGAAAAUCAAAUCUGUAAAGCCAUUUACCUACAUGUACUGACAAUGAAUAGCGCUGCCAUAAGAUUUUAUGAAAAACAUUAUUUCAGGUUACACUCGUUUUUGCCAUACUACUAUUCCGUAGAUGGCAAGUGUAAAGAUGGAUUUACGUACGUACUUUAUAUCAACGGAGGACAUCCCCCUUGGGGCUUACUUGAUUAUCUUUAUCAUUGGUGCCAAGCUCUCUACGAGAACAUCUAUCCGACGUACUGGUACGCGAAGCUGAAGCACUGGUUACAGAGAAGUCUGUAAAGCUGAUAACAGAAGAAUGGACAACACUUCUGCUGUGAGACCAAAGUCAGAUUUUUGUCGCAUAUCCUGGAUAUCCGGACCAGGGAUCGUUUCUCGUCCAGGUUGUGAUUUGAAUUUAGCAAAGGGUUAAAUUCUAAUGACGAGCGUAUCAAGAAGAAUUGAGUGCCAUAUUAUAUAAAUUGUCUCUUCAAAAACAGCCAUAUUGCAGAAAGAAAGAAAUACAGAGCUCUCUUUCAUUUA